AUAUCGAAAAAAUGUCUGUUAUUCCAACAAAUCCAAUCUGUUUCUUUCCCUCUUUUCAGUGUCGUUGAAGCCGAUUAUCCUCCUCAACAAUGCUCCUUGAUGCCCAAUAAAUUCCUUCGACAAAGUUUGCAAUUGAAUCUACCGACAACCCAACGAGAAAUUCCCCUCAGAUCUCAUCAUCAUUUAAUCCAGGGUUUCGGUGGACCUCAUAGAUAAAGUUGAGCUUUCAUUCGCCUGUUUGAACUGCAGAGAAAUAUGCAGAGCCAAAUAGUUUGCAGUGGGUGUAGAAGCAUCUUACUAUAUCCAAGAGGAGCUUCAAACGUAUGUUGUGCAUUGUGUAAUGCAGUUACUUCAUCUCCCCCUCCUGUUUCAGGAAUGGAGAUGGCCCAAUUGAUCUGUGGAGGUUGUCGCACAUUGCUGAUGUAUGCACGUGGUGCUACAAGUGUCAGAUGCUCUUGUUGUCACACUGUCAAUCUUGCACCAGUUUCCAAUCAGCUUGCUCAUGUAAAUUGUGGAAAUUGUCGCACAAUGUUGAUGUAUCCAUCUGGUGCUCCAUCAGUUAAAUGUGCAGUUUGUCAUUACAUUACAAAUGCCAAUAUGGGAAAUGGAAGGGUUCCUGCAGCCACAUCAGCAUCAGAAGUGCCUCAUUCUUAUAACCAAACAGUAGUAGUUGAAAACCCGAUGUCUGUUGAUGAGAGCGGGAAACUGGUAAGCAAUGUUGUGGUUGGGGUGACGACCGAGAAGAAAUCCGUCAAGUGAAAUGACCGAUUUGCCCUUUUGUUGAAAUGGAAAUUAAUGGGAUGAAAUGUGUAUAUUAUUCAAAAGGAAAAUGGUUAUGACUUAUGAUUUGAACAUUUUGUUGUGAUUGUGGGUGUGUGGAGUUGAGAGGGAAGGGGCAUAAGUGUUUAAAAAGGGUAGUAGAACUCAGCUUCAUUAUAUUUGUGAGUAUAUUUGUAACAAAUCAGGCUGUAAAAGAUAGCAUUUUAUUGUUUAAAGUUAUACAGAUAAUUAA